CAAACGAACGUCACUUUGACAGCUCGGUUCUGCUGGCAAACGUCCACGUCCUGUUUCGGUCGGUCUGGAAUUUGCAGCUCUAGUUCGGAAAACAUUUUUUUCUAGUUACAAUUCCAUGUUUGAAACCAUUUCCUGAAUCAAUCAUGACAAUUUAGGCUAUAGUGCUUAUGUUCUGUUAGUUUGUGCGCUGUAGUGAAAUAGACAACGCGCGUAGAAGCUUCAAAAUAGCAAGGGGAAAAUGGAAGCACGCAAUUUAGCGAUAUUGGUGCUGAUCGGAACCAUAUUCCUUCGCUGCAUUUCAGCACACGGCUGGGGCGCAGAUGAUAUGGAGGUUUUUGAUGUCGUCGAAGAAGUAAACGAGAAUUUCUAUGCGCUGAUGCAGAUAAAUCAGACCGCAACCAGCCAGGAGAUCAAACGAGCAUUUCGAACACUUUCGGUGGUACUACACCCGGAUAAGAACGACGCCGAGGAUGCGAAUAUCAAGUUCCGAAAUUUGGUUUCCGUCUACGAAGUUCUGAAAGAUCCGGGAAAAAGAGAAAAAUACGACCGAGUACUGAAGGAGGGACUGCCGAACUGGAAAUCGGCUUUGUAUUACUAUCGACGGGUGCGGAAGGUUGGACUGGCCGAGGGUGCGGCCAUCUUGUUGAUCGUUGCCACCGUAAUGCAGUAUUUCAUAGCAUGGGCGGCUUACGCGGAGAAAAAAUACACUGCCGAACAAAUUCUUGGAAGCAGACUGAAAAAAUUGCAGAAAAAGCACAAAACAAAUGUUGAUAUCGAUAUGAUAUUGAGAGAAAUUCCGACGCCAAGCAUUUGGAACCUGCUGCCCUUCCAGAUCCCGUUGUGCAUUUGGCGAACCGUGACUGGGACGCCGGGAGCAGUGAAAUCAGCCGUCCAUUUUUACGCCGAGCAGAAGCGGCUUGAAGAGGAACGGAAGUUGAGAGAAAAAGAGGAGGAAGAACUGCAACGCAAGCUGGAAGAGGAACGUGCGCGUUUGAAGGAAAAUCGAACAAUGCGCCGGAGAAACAAGAAAUUUGUUGCACCGGAAAAGACGGACGAGGAGCUGGCCGGUUACAGCCAAAGCAUAAUCAAACAAACCGAAAAGCAGAAGCAACCGGAGGACACUGCAAGCGAUCGCCCUGGAGCUAAGCCCGCGGUCAGCGGUGGACUAUGGACCGAGGAUGAUCUGGUCGAGCUGGUUCGGCUGGUGAAAAAGUACCCCGGCGGUACGACCGACCGGUGGGAGAUUAUAGCGGAGAUGAUGGGUCGGUCGGUAACGGAGGUGACCUAUAUGGCAGCGAAAAUGAAGGAAGGCGGAUAUAAGGUUGCCGGGCAGACGGAAAGUGUGGCGGAGACCAUCGUUCAGGAAGCUAGCAAACAGAAGGUGAAGACUAAAAAGACUGACGCGGGAACGGAUGGAGGAGCCGAAGCGACUGCGAACUGGAGUCAGAGCCAGCAGGCGGCACUAGAGACGGCCAUUCAGAAGUAUCCCAAGAGUGCAUCCGUGGAUCGGUGGCAGAAAAUUGCCAACUGUGUUCCCGGUAAGACAAAGGAGGAAUGUAUGACCCGGUACAAGUACCUGGUGGAACUGGUUAAGAAACAGAAGGAAAGGGAGAAGGAAUCGGUAGAGACGCCGCUGGAAGAAUGUUCAGUUGAAGAGCGGGGGAUUGAAGUUGAGAACGAUGCUGAACUGAAGUCCAAAUCUAAAAAUAACAGGAAACAGGAGUCGGAGGAAAACGCGCUAGAAAGAAAUGAGGUGGAAAAUGGAUCAGCUGAGAAUGGCAAAACAACCGGAGGGAAAGCGAAAAACAAACGUCGGGAACGGAAAAAAGCUAUUGAAUAUUACAACUACGAGGAUUCCCAGGGUGAAAGCGAUCCAGGAGAAAUUUAAGCUGAAACGAUUUGGGAUGACAAGUGGUUUGCAGCUGAAUGUUCAAAUUAUUAUAUGUGUCGGAAAUGCAAUUGAAUGAAUUCGUAUUAAAGAAUGCACAAAAAUAACUUGGUUACUGUU